GGAACAAUAUCAUUCUUUCUCUUGCUUUUUUCCCUUGUUGGGGGUCCUUUUAGCGCAUAAAUUUUCGUUCAUCGACUCAAAGAAUCCCUCGAUCGCAUCAUCCAUUAUCGAAGCAAACCCCUAGCGUUCGUACUAUCCCAUCCAAGAGUGUAGUACAUGACUAAUCUCCCUACUUAUCUGUUAGUAAGUCUGCGGUUUUCUCAUAAGCCACUUUCGUAAUUAAGUACUCUUUUGCUGUUUCAAUUCGUGAAUCUUUAAAAUUCAUCAACAUCUUGAGCCUGUUAAGGAGUCAUACCUGAUACCUCGGUAUCAGCGUAUCAGGUAUACCUCCUUAACAACCUCAACAUAGCAAUAAGUGGUGAAGCAUCCUAUGAUUCAUUUGUGGGGGGACCAUGCGUCAAGGCUUGAGCAAAUAUAUUUACAUGCGGAGUUAGCUUGAGUUCUAUCGAAUCUAUGCCAUUCAUGGGUAGGUCCGUACCUCUAUCUAUUAGUAAGCUUGCGGUGCUCUCGUGAUUCUUUUUCGUCCUAGAGUUUCACUUUUUCUGCUGCUUCACUUUGUGAACAGCUUCACAGCUCAUUUCCAUGUUUAGGUUGUACACCUUAACAGCCUCAACAUGGUCAUCAGCUGUCCAGCACUUACGCGUGAUCUUCCAGAAAAGUAACUACAUUUAUAGAAGUACUUAGCUCAAAGUUCCUUCACCAAACCCAACUGACGACGUCGGCCCAAAGAAAAACAGGCGGGUCGGCUCUUGGAUCGCCCCUCCGCAACAAGCACAAAGCAGAAGUAACGGCCUUUCUGUGGCAACGGGGCGUACUGCUAUUGCUGGUUCGAGGCGGUUGCCGAGGUCUAUUGCGAGUUCCCGAUUCAAGGCGGGCUGACAGGAGCGUCCGGGCCACGGAGCGAUAGCAGCGGGUGGAGCACCCGAACCUCUACUCCACCAAGCUCCGUGCAUGCGAGCAACAAGCAAGUCGGGCGGCCGUGGGACCCGCUGUUCCCCGUAGUUUCUGCUGCCUCCGCCGCUGGAUCCAAAGGAACGGCUCGGCAGCGAUCGAGAUUUCGGUUCUCGGGACAACCCCCUGCCAACACCCGAUUCUUUCCUGGCUUCGUUCGCGGAAGAAAUCGAUCAAUGACCGAUGCGGCGACCCUCUCUGCCCUCAUGCGACUACUGCGUGGCGCACUCUGCUUUGUUGCCGAUCACCGGGUACGUUUUGUUGUCGUUUGAGAAGCAGACUGUACGAUGGCAAGGUGCCGCGAUGCUUGUGUGGUUCAUCCAUCUAUCUCAGUCGACGUUUCUACCUUGAUAGAAUGAUGCUGGCAUGCUAUCAACAAGAAGUUCAACCAUCAGAAAUCUAUACCAUUGCAUUGAAGCAACUGGCAUGUAAAUCAAUAUCUUCUGCCAUUUCAAUAGAAAACAACCAAACAAUAUUCGCACCAUUGGAAUUUUCUACCAAUUCAUUGAAAAAGCACAAAACAAUCGAAAUAAAUUCGCAUGCCCCAAUACAACUUUUCAACAUUCUCAUGAAUGACGUAACUAGAAGUUUCGACCAAUCCAUCGGAGGAAAACGGAAUAUAAGCGUAGAGGGUGUGUAUAUACCACAAGACGUUUUCUACCUUUCUAAUUUAAAUCAACAUACCAGGAAUGAUUAUGAAUACCGUUGAAAAACUCGAAAAAAGCAACAUACAGCCAGMCCACGUCGAUUCAUACCACUUUAAUUUCGACCAUUGCUUCUACUCCAUUGAAUCAAUCCGCUGUGCCACGCUACGAACCGAGAUGCCCAUUGCGCGUUAUGAAUUGCAUCCCAAAAAUUGCUUCGAGAGUAUGUAUAGUUUAUUA